CAGCAUAAAACACCUGUCACAACCAAAGAAACAACAAAAGCAGAAUACGCUGUAAAAACUUUCCAAGCGAAAGGAAAGAAGCUCUACAGAAACGAAAUGAAAAUUAAUAGUGGGUUUUCCAUUCACGAAUUAUGAAGGAAUCAGAGCGCGGAAAACAAUAGCGGACCAAUGCAUGUGGACAUAUCAGGACUGGCGAGCAGGGAGAUCUAGCAGGGAGACGAGCAGAAGGUAUGAAGGAGACGAAGGGCCAGAAUGCUCAACGUGGUAAGGAGCCCGAUUCACGACUCUCGACUUUCUAUACAGUAUGAUGAUGUCGACCAUGUCCCUAGAAGACCUCGGCAAAAUGAUGAAAGAACGUGCGGCUGCUUAUUUCAGAGAGAACUCAAAAUCGCGCGUGAGAAAGAGCGGAUUAAGCAAUUUAGUAUUUGGUUUGCGGAGGUAGAUAAAUUCAAACAAGAAGAAUACAUCAAAAGGCGUCGGAAAUGGAGACAGGAACGGAUCCAUCGAAACCAGAAGAUGUGGAAGAUCCGAUUGCUGCUGGUUCCUGCUUCCGUCCUCCUAGUGACCGGCGCUUUUCUGAUAAUAGCUUCCAACGUCCGGUUCCUGGGACUAGGAGACUGGUUCUAUGUAAACAAAGGGGUACUGACCGCGGUGGGUGGCGUCAGUGCGGGACUAUCCGUCGUCGUAUUCAUGACUGAGCAGGGACUACAGAGUUACUACGCAAAUAAAACAGGGAUUAAGCUCUUUGCACAGAUAGGACGAACGCACAACCAACCAUCGAACAUUUCAGUUGCUGAAAAAGGUCACUCUAAAAACACGUUUAUUCCACAUAAAAAGCCAGUGCCUAAAGAAAAUAAGGACACGUGCAUUAAACAGUUACAUCACAUGGAUUCUAUCGACACCAAUGGAACUGAUGAUGCGACUGAGUGCGUGAGUGAGGAGGACCCUCUGGUCCCUAAAAUUACAAAGAAACGGCCCCCAAAAUUAUCAGAAAUUGCAGACAGGAGAAAGGAAAUAAAAAUUCUGAAAUCGGUGGACACUACAGCCUCGGCUUUAACUGAAGUUACUUUGGUAAGUAAUAGUGACCGCUCGUCCUGUUCGGAACCCCCCGAACUUUUAGCUGAUGCUGCUGUGGGCGGUGUAUCGGAGGAUGAGGCAGACUUUAUGGCCAUGGACGGUGACAAGGACACUGUGACCUUACAAUCAUCCGGGUCAGGGGACAUGCUACUCGGAUAACCCUCGGUAUCUUUGGACAUAGAAAUUAAGAAUCUUAAACAACGCAAAUAUGUCUUCCAAAUGUAUCAUUUCAUCUUUUAGUGUAUUACAUUAACAGAUAAAAUUGUCAAGAUCAAACAUUGUUAGAGUCACUGAGAGGUCUCCAAUUGCAGGAGUCAUGGCGGUUCAGGGAUCAUACAGUUCUCGCUUUGUUUUAACUGGCUUGCCAAUAUUGGUGGCAGAUCUGUCGCGCUGAUUUAAUUAAAGAGAGGUAUUGCGUCAUUAAACCAGCCUUUUAAAGCCCCUUAUCAUGAUUGUUUUACAAAUCAAGCUAUUCCUUGUUCUCCUACUGUUAGCUUUAGGUGUCAGAACAAGGCUAAGCGGGUCUAUAUAGCCCCGUCAAGGGCGAUCAUAACGCGCGUGGUAAUGCCUUGUUUCGAAACAACCAACACAUGGCUAAGACAAAAAACAAUUUCAAAUAUCUUUUAAAUUAAUCUUUUAUAAUUAAAGCAUGCACCAGCGGUUUAAAAUUACUGCCUGUAACGUGCACCCAUGCAAUCUGUAACGGUUCGUGUACAGUGUGCGUGAUACGUGUUGACUAAUGACUAUUAAUAUAUAGCUGUCACAAAGGGGUCGGAAACGUUGCAUGGUCUGAUAUUUCUCGUCAUCACUACCAAAAGACAUAACCCCCCACCCCCGAUAACUAUAGCUAACCUAAAGCCAAAAAAACGCAUCAAUUUCACCCUGUUUCAUAUCAAGCAUUUGAGAACAAGCGUUAAAAAGGCACUUACUUGUUUGCGUUUAAUAAUGUGUAUAAUGACAGACGAACACGCUUGUAUUGACUGAGCAUAAUUUCUAUUUCUUGACCCGUCCCAUUGUUUUACUAAUUAGACACAGAAUCCGACUUUUUUGCAAACCAGUGGCAGACUGAGCAAAGCAUUCCACGUUUAAAAAUAUACUUCAUUACCAUGACAAAAUGUUGAGCUCAGAUCCACUCGUUUGAAGAUUUUGGUAAGCACAAAGGAGUUCAUAUCAAUGUUUUCAGUACUGAAUUAAUUUUUAAAAAAAAAUUCUAGAUAAUGUUAAAUACAUAACUGAAAACGGAUAUCUUAAAGAAAUAUUAAAUACGUUGAUUUUCAUAUUUUUAUCUCACUGUGGUCCAUUCCAUUUGCCCAUGUUCUCUACAUACAAUAUUUGGUAUUUGUUCACUGUGUCGUUAUGAUUUUUUUUAUCAUGAUUGAAACCAAUAAAU